AUGGAUAUCAACAUGGAUCUCAUCAACUCCAAACUCACCCCCGAAACAUGUCUGAUCCCCACCAUCAUCGAGCACCGAGCACAAGAAACUCCCAAUCGAGUUUUUGCGCUUUUACCCAAAGGUCCAACACUACGAGAUGGAUGGUUCGAACUCACCUACAGCGCACUCGCCAAAGCCGUCGAUCGCAUGGCCUGGUGGCUCCACGACACUCUCGACACCGCAGCAGCAGCAGCAACAGCAGAUGAGCAGAAGGAAAAUACGAAAUCUUUGACAUAUGUAGGAGCCAACGAUAUUCGUUAUGUAUUUCUCACGUACGCGGCCGUGAAAAGUCGUCGGAAGCUUUUGAUUCCUUUUCCUGCGAAUACCGUUCCAGGCAUGAGUAAAUUGCUUGCUGCUGCGGAUUGUCGGAUUGCGUUGGCGAGUGGAAAGGGAUGUGAAGUUUGGGGGAAAAUUCAAAAAGUCAAGCCGGAGUUGAGGAUUGUGGAGAUUCCUGAGAUGGAGUUUUUUUUGAGGGAGGGAGAGGGAGAGGUGUUUCCGUAUGAGGUUGGGUUGGAUGAGGGGAGGAAGGAUAUGUUGUUUAUGCUUCAGACUUCAGGCGACCCCAAACCAAUUCUCUACCUCCACCAAUUCCUCGAAAUCUUCCUCGAAAACCGUCUCGCCAACGAACUUCUCCUUAACAACUCCUCCUCCUCCUCCUCUUCUUCUUCUCCCUCCUCACAACACCUCCUCUGUUUCGCCCACCUCAAUCAAGACAUAUAUUUCCCAUGCAUGUUCCCCAUCAGCUGGAGCGCCGCACUCACCAGCUGCACACUUUCCUCUCUCGCCUGGGACGUAACAUGUAUUUAUUUACCCCCGGACGCACCUUUCGAUUCGCACCCGAUGCUCACUCCAGAGUACGUCCACGAUAUUCUCGAAUUGACGCCCAAAGGUCCCAAGAAUGGAAUUAUUAUGGCUCCUGCUAUGUUGAGGGAUGUGGUACAGCAACAUCAGCAGCAGAACUCUUCUUCUUCUUCUUCUUGCACAUCAUCAUCAUCAUCAUCACUAACCCUCCUCCAAAAAUCCUACAAUUGGAUCGGCUACGGCGGUUCACCCCUCGAUUUCGCCACUGGAGAAAUCUUACGAAAAUCUUUCUCUUCCUCUUCCUCUUCCUCUUCUUCUCCAAUCCGCCUCCAAUGCGCCAUGGGCCAAACCGACGUCGGACCCUACGACAUUUUAUUCAAUCCCAAUCCCGCAGAUUGGAAUCUCGUACAAUUUUCCGAGUUGCAUGGGUAUUUUUUGGUCGAAUUCGAUCAGAGAGAAGGGUUGUGGGAGUUGUGUGUGCGGCGCCAACAGAAACAAAAAGGGGGAAAGGGAAAAGAAGAAUGUCGACAUCCAUUUCUGAUGGAUGAGAAAUUGGACGUUUAUCAUACGAGAGAUUUGUUUCGAGCUGUGAGGAGGAAGAAGGGAGGUGGAGAAGAAGGGGAAGAAGAAGGAGAAGAAGGAGAAACUUUUUGGCAAAGUGCAGGACGAGUAGAUGAUUUCAUCAAAUUAUCCACUCUUACAAAAUUCCACUCCGGUCAAAUCGAGAGUAUUCUGGAGACAUGGUGUGAAGAUGUUCAAACGUGUUUAGUAGGAGGAGAAGGAAAAAUUCGACCUUGGGUGAUUGUGGAGUUGCGUCAGAAGAAAAAGGAAAACGAAAAGGAGAAUGGGAAUGGGACGACUGCGUCGCUCACGCCGCCAGAGAGCUUUUGGUUAGCGGUGAACAAAGCGAAUGAGAUUUUAUAUUCGGAAGCGAAAAUUCAGAGGGAGUUUGUGGUGUUUACGGAUGCGGAGAGACCGAUUCAACGCACGGGGAAAGGGAGUGUGGAUCGGAAGAAGACGGUGGGGUUGUAUGAGAGGGAAAUUGAGGCUUUGUAUGAAUGA